AUGGGAGAACGUGAAAGGCGAACCAGCCAGCAAAUCCUGGAAACAAGGGCAGCAGACAAAUUCCAAGUCGAAGUCCUCAGGGACAUUGAAGCGUCUGGCAAGACGCUGUACGAUGUGCUGAACAUUCCACGGGAUGCCACACAAGAUGAUAUCAAGAAGUGCUACCGCAAGCUUGCGGUUCGGCUACAUCCAGACAAGAACCCAGGCGCAGACACGCAAGCAGAGUUCCAACGGGUGCGCUGUGCAUUCAACGUGCUCUCCUCGCCGGUGACGCGCGAUGUGUACGACAAGCUCGGCUUCAAAGGCCUGCACGUGGCCGACCAGAUCCAGCAGACGCAGGUUGACGACGACGAGCUCCACUGCAGCCCCUGCGCCAAGGUGUCGUGGCAUAGGAGGGAAGGGAGCGAGCAAGAUGAAGUGUCGCUUUGUCGCAAGCUGUCGUCAUCUGUGUUUCUGCACUUUAUGUUCAACGUCGUUGGGGCGCUGACGCUGGGCUACUUUUGCUGCUGCUGCUGCUUUUGCUUCGACUGCUGCUGCGGCAAAUGCAACAACACUGCGCGGAAGCUGUUUGGCAAGCGGCUGUAUCACAUGUAUGAGCUGGCGUUCCAGGAAGCGGAGGUGACGCAUGUGGUGCAGAAGAGUGCAGACGUGCACGGCCUGAGCCGCAGCACCAGCCCGCGCGAGUCCGACAGCACGUCCCCGCAGUCACGUGGCCGCCAUCGCCAACAUCAGGGGCAGCGCAACGGCAGCACGCAGCGCGGUGGUGGCAGUGGCAGUGGCGCCAGCAGUCCCAGCAGCAGCACGAGCAGUAACACCGCGAGCGGCAGUGGCGGUGGUGUGAGGCCGUCCCCGCUUCGCACGGGGGUGACGGCUGCCGAGGCAACAACAACGCGCACCGUCAAGACCACGACGUUUUCGCUCACUCCCAACGCUGCAGCCACUGGGUCGGGUGGUGGUGAUGGCAGCAGCGGCGCAGCAGAGGUGGUAACGGCGCAGCCGCGGAAGAUCACGACGUUCAGCCUGGCGCCGAUCGUGCCUGCAGGCAACGCGCGCGGCAACGACGACAACAAUCGUGAUGAUGAUGAUGAUGACGAAGAUGAUGGGGAUGUGUUUGAGGCUGCAGCAGGCGGUGAUGACGACCGCGAUGGCAGUCGUGCUGGUGAGGAGCAGAAGGGUGGCGAGGAAGGGAAGAAGAAGGGUGGGGAGGAUGGAGGGGAUGAUGGUGAGAAGGCGUCAGCGGAGACAAAGGAAAACGCUCAAGGAGAGGAGGAUGACGGCACAGCCACGGAGGGCAACGCGGAGCAGAGCAAGCACGAGCCCAGUGCAGCAGAGAAGAAGACACAGGCGCAGCAGGAGGAGCAAACAGCCGGCAAAGCGGCGGCCGUCAAGUUGGAGGGCGCCGUGCACGUGAACGGCAAUGGAAAUGGAAAUGACAGUGGCAAUGGUGUGAUGGGUGGGCACGCAACCGUGGUGAUGGAGGACACAUCUUCCUCUGCUGACCAAGACGUCGACGCUCGCACCCCUACCGCGCCAGCACCAACAUCAGCAACAUCAGUAACAGCAGAUGCAGCCACGCCAACGGCAGCAUCGAACGUGGUGAUGGUGUGA